CUCUCUCAUUCCUCAGGAAAAAUAUUAAUCAUCACCAAUACCAUUUCCUCACCCACCACCACCACAAACACCACCAAACACAAACACAGCACCAUUGUUAUUAAUAUUAUUAUCAUUUCUUUUGUUACAAAAACAACAUGGCUGCUGCAACAACAAUCAUUACCAAUGGCAACGGCCACGGCCACCACGAUGACGCCGCCUUUUGUGUCAACAACGGUGUUGGACUAGGAGUAGGACCUACUACUCCUCAUCAUGACCCUCUCAACUGGGGGGCUGCGGCGGAGGCGAUGAAGGGUAGCCACCUUGAUGAGGUGAAGCGUAUGGUGGAGGAGUACCGGAAGCCGGUGGUCCGUCUCGGUGGUGAGACUUUGACGAUCGCUCAGGUGGCUGCUGUGGCGGCUCAUGACCAGGGUGCUGUGACGGUGGAGCUCUCGGAGUCGUCGAGGGCUGGGGUGGAGGCUAGUAGGAACUGGGUGAGGGAUAGUAUGAAUAAAGGGACUGAUAGCUAUGGUGUCACCACCGGGUUUGGUGCCACCUCUCACCGCCGGACUAAGCAGGGUGGUGCCUUGCAGAAGGAGCUUAUUAGGUUCUUGAAUGCUGGAAUAUUUGGCAAUGGAACAGAAUCCAAUUGCACACUACCACACACAGCAACAAGAGCAGCCAUGCUUGUUAGAAUCAAUACUCUUCUUCAAGGCUACUCAGGUAUCCGGUUUGAGAUUUUGGAAGCCAUAACCAAGCUCAUAAACAGCAACGUUGCUCCAUGCUUGCCUCUUCGCGGCACAAUCACAGCUUCCGGUGAUCUUGUUCCACUUUCAUACAUUGCCGGUUUGCUAACCGGCCGACCGAACUCCAAGGCUGUCGGCCCCUCCGGCGAGAUUCUUACUGCCAAGGAAGCCUUUGAACUGGCCAACAUUGGUCAUGAUUUCUUUGAAUUGGAGCCCAAGGAAGGCCUUGCACUUGUUAACGGUACCGCGGUUGGUUCUGGCUUGGCUGCUAUUGUUCUCUUUGAGGCCAACAUACUUGCUGUCUUGUCUGAGCUUAUUUCAGCGAUUUUCGCUGAAGUUAUGCUCGGCAAACCGGAGUUUACCGACCAUUUGACUCAUAAGUUAAAGCACCACCCGGGGCAAAUUGAGGCUGCAGCUAUCAUGGAACACAUUUUGGAUGGCAGCUCUUACAUAAAAGCAGCUAAGAAGUUGCAUGAGGUGGAUCCUUUGCAAAAGCCUAAACAAGAUAGGUAUGCGCUUAGAACUUCACCCCAAUGGCUUGGUCCUCUUAUUGAAGUGAUUCGAUUCUCAACCAAGUCCAUUGAGAGAGAGUUGAACUCAGUCAACGACAACCCUUUGAUUGAUGUCUCUAGAAACAAGGCCUUGCAUGGUGGUAACUUUCAAGGAACCCCCAUUGGAGUUUCAAUGGACAACACACGUUUGGCUCUUGCAUCUAUUGGUAAACUCCUGUUUGCUCAAUUCUCUGAGCUUGUUAAUGAUUUUUACAACAAUGGGUUGCCUUCAAAUCUUUAUGGUAGUAGAAACCCCAGCUUGGAUUAUGGUUUCAAGGGAGCUGAAAUUGCCAUGGCGUCUUAUUGCUCUGAACUCCAAUAUCUUGCAAACCCGGUGACAACCCAUGUUCAGAGCGCUGAGCAGCAUAACCAAGAUGUGAACUCAUUGGGUUUGAUUUCGUCUAGGAAAACAAAUGAGGCUAUUGAGAUCCUCAAGCUCAUGUCGUCCACGUUCUUGGUCGCGCUUUGCCAAGCAAUUGACUUGAGGCAUUUGGAGGAGAAUUUGAAGCACACUGUCAAGAACACUGUUAACCAAGUUGCUAAGAGGACACUCACAACUGGUGUCAAUGGGGAGCUUCAUCCAUCAAGGUUCUGUGAGAAAGAUUUGCUGACAGUUGUUGAUAGGGAGGAUGUUUUUGCCUACAUUGAUGACCCUUGCAGCGGCACAUACCCAUUGAUGCAGAAACUGAGACAAUCACUAGUGGAUCAUGCAUUGGAAAAUGCAGAUGCUGAGAAGAACGUGAACACAUCCAUCUUUCAAAAGAUUGCUAUCUUUGAGGAUGAAUUGAAGGCUAUCUUGCCUAAGGAGGUUGAAAGUGCCAGGGUUGCAUAUGACAAUGGCGAAAGCGCGAUCCCAAACAAGAUCAAGGAAUGCAGGUCUUACCCGUUGUACAAGUUUGUGAGAGAAGAGUUGGGAACUGGGUUGCUGACCGGAGAAAAGGUUAAGUCACCAGGGGAGGACUUUGACAAACUGUUCACAGCAAUGUGCCAAGGUAAAAUCAUUGAUCCUAUCUUGGAAUGCCUUGGGGAAUGGAAUGGUGCUCCUCUUCCAAUUUGUUAGAACAGUUUGUUUGUUUGAGAAAUUGUUUCUUUGUUUCUAUAUAUGUAUUUGUGUUGAUGAGUAUUUGAUUUGUCUGUAAGCCUCUGUGGGCAAAUCAAUCUAGAAGACAUCCUUUAAGUUCUCCUUUAUGUUAAGGAGUUUGUUGUUUUGCCAUAGCUUUUACUGCAAAUAUGAUACAUGGCCUUUUAUGUAAAUGGUGUUUUAUCAUGAAUAAUAAUUGUUAGUUUUUUUA